ACUGCUUCAACUGUUACACGACAGUCGGCGUAAACGUCCUGCUAUCAUCCUCCCAUCUACUAAUUAGAAUGUCCUCGGAGGCUUCGACCUCCAGGGUAUGUGAGACGACAAAGCUGCCCGGAUAUCGACGCCGUGGUCUCAGGUCUCUUUCAACUCUUUUACAAAUACCUUUACUCGGCAGUCGAGCGGAGAACAGAUUUAAUAUUCCGGUAGCAGGAGGCCUGCCAGCAGAUAUUUUGUACGAAGUCUCUGAGUAUCUGUGGUCGUCUGAUCUUCUCAGCCUGAGCUUGACUUCUUCACAUGUCAGAGCACUCUUAUUGCCGGUCCUAUACGACACCGUGGUUCUGAAGUCUAGCCGAGCUUGUAGAACAGCACUCACAAUGCUUUUUGAGCGGCCUGACAUUUGUCGAUAUAUACGCAAGCUAGCCGUGCGGCCAAACUAUUAUCUUGCGUGGCCCAAAGCGAAUGAACGACUUGACGAGGACUGGGUAGUGGAUAUGCUUCUCAAAAUUGCAGAGAAUAUGGCUCUACUCCAUACCUUCGACUGGGACGGACUCGAGAUGCCGAAUGAUCGAUUAUGGAUUGCAUUAAGGAACGAAUGCCCGCUGUUGAAGACUGUGUAUACCAACAUUGGCUAUCAACCACUGAAUCCUGAUAGUGAUUUAUUCGACUUCACAGAUCUAACUAGCUUUUCUCUGACCGUCCGGCACAGCCUCGAGGAGACGGAUCUGUUCCCCGAACAAGAGUUACUUCCAGAACGGCUCUGGGAUAUGCUUCUGACCAAGUGCCCCAAUAUGCAAGAUCUUACGCUCAGCUCCUUCUCCUCUUCCACUCGACUCUUAAAUGUCGACAGACUUUGCACGGCCGAAGCGAACUGGCCCAAAUUGCACUCGCUUACACUGGGCUCUUUCGGUUACAACGACGAUUUUGAGCUCAACUCUCCUUCCGAUGACGCCGCAUUUGGCGCUUUCCUGUCGAAACACACCGAACUAAAGUAUCUUCGUCUUUCCUGGAACUUCAAGAGGUGGAUGUCACCCGAAACAAUCCCACUUUCUCUCGAACCCACCGCUCUACCGCAGUUAAGUACAUUCGUCGGUGUUCAUCAGCAACUCGCAGUACUUCCUCAACCAGCGCUUUCUUCGAUCGAGAUCCUGGAUCUGACCUGCGAACCAUUGUUCGCUGGAAGGUUGGACGGUGUGGGAGGCGUGUGUUCCACGCUAGCAAAACUGAGCGCAUUGACAAGUCUGGAUCUAUGGCUUCAUAUCCCCGAAUUCAAGGACCACAGCACCUUCUUCAAAGGGCUGAUGGAAGCAUGUCCGAAAUUGACAGAGUUACAUUUCAUGUGUACGACAAGCUUCGGCGUGAAACCUCUCUUGUGCCUCGCGGCUCACCUUCCAUUACUUCCACAUCUUCGUACCUUUUCGCUCACAAAGGGGCACAAAUACGUAGGAGACGAUUCAAGCAUGUUGCGCACUGUUUUAAGGAUCUUACGUGCCAGCACAAAAUCGAAAUCAGGUAUUUCGAGUAAUCCGAACCCCGAAUUGAGGCAGGUCAAUAUUCGUUGGGCAAAGGAAAAAUGCCCGAAUCACUUGAAACAAGAAGGGACGUACGAUGUUGUCAGACGAUGGAAUGCAGACCAUACCAGCGUGGUAGUCGCAGUGGAAGUGUAUGAAAAGGGGAUCACUGCCUUGGGCAAAGUUUUCACGCGGCGGUAUCGGUAUAACAACUUUUCAACACCUUCAAGAUCGUUAUCCUCUACCCCGACCACAAUAUCUACCUCUACCCCUUCCGCUUCCUCUAGUUCUAACGACACCAGUGAUGACAGGCGGAGUUCAGGACGUGUGGCUCGAGGGCGGUUCCGAAAGGCUCUGAUGCUAAUACAAAACAAGAAGAGUAGUUCAUUAGUUGAUCUCAGUAGGUCUGCUUAAUCUUUCCAGCUGUCUUUCAACAUGCCAUUUUCACAUACUGUUCAUUUCUUGAAUGCCUGUAUUGCAUUAUUAUCUCUCCUGCUGUAUUUGGUUUCAUUGGGAUAUAUGUAGACUCUGAUUUACUUCGAUUUCUUUCUUUGUUCCAACUAGUGUACGACCAUCAUGAAUCCCUUUCUCAACGUUGCCUGUCCGACAUGGCAUUGUAUCUAGUAUCACCUCAAUAUCUCACGUUCCUUUGUAGUGCUCUAUGUACCUGGACUGUUGUAUAGUAACUUAAUACGUUCUCUGCAUCACAUUGUUUCGGGAAGUCGGGAGGCCAAAGCUGAAUAUAGCAACCCUUUUCCAGCUCA